AUGCGAAAACCUUCAUCGGUCACCUGUGACAUCGUUACCACCGGCGAAAAGAAAACGUUAUUCGCUCUUCGAAUCGAUGGAGGUCCAUCAAUUAGAAAGAAGAUGGAGGAUUUUGAGAAACUAUACAAUAAGUUCAAAGAUUAUCUUCCUGCAUCUACCGCUUCACCUCCUAAAAAGAAACUUCUUCAAGCGGAAGCGAAAUUACAGGAAAAACGGCGACAAUGGAUUAUUGCAAUGUCACAAACUUUGCUUACCAAUCAGAACAGCAACGAAGAUGUUCGUGAAUUUUUCGGGCUGGGGAGUUCAGAAGAUGCGAACGAUUCUCAUGUUGAUUUAGGGCCAAAAGAGAUCACAACAGCUUGCGCUGCUGAUUUUGAUUUUCUAACAACAAUUGGAAAAGGUAGUUUUGGACGUGUUUUCCAAGUAGUGCAUAAAGAAACGGGAAAAAUUUAUGCAAUGAAGGUCCUUUCAAAGGAACAUAUAAGAAAGAAGAAUGAGGUUAAACAUGUUAUGGCGGAGUUGAGCGUACUGAAAGCAAAUUUCCACCAUCCAUUCCUAGUUUCUCUUCAUUUCUCAUUUCAAAAUAAGGAUAAACUAUAUUUUGUGCUAGAUCACCUUAACGGAGGCGAGCUGUUCUCGCAUCUACAAAAGGAAAAACACUUUUCCGAGUCCAGAAGUCGAUUUUAUGCCGCGCAAAUCGCAUCAGCACUUGGAUAUCUGCACGAUAAAAAUAUAAUCUACAGGGAUUUGAAGCCUGAGAAUUUGCUCUUGGACAAACAUGGAUAUCUGGUUCUCACAGACUUCGGGCUUUGCAAGGAAGGCAUGACGCCAAAUACCGUGACGUCGACAUUCUGUGGAACCCCUGAGUACCUUGCACCGGAGAUAAUCCUGAAGAAGCCCUACGAUAUCUCGGUUGACUGGUGGUGUUUGGGAUCAGUUUUAUACGAAAUGAUGUACGGUUUGCCACCAUUUUACUCAAGAGAUCACAAUGAAAUGUACAAUCGAAUCGUAAACGAACCUCUGAAAAUUAAAAGGAGCAUUUCAGCGGCAUCGACUGACAUCAUUACUGGGCUACUCCAAAAGGACAAGAAUAAGCGACUCGGUAGUAAAGAAGACUUCAAUGAGGUCAAGGAGCAAGAAUUCUUUAAAGUCAUUGAUUGGGAAAAACUUCUCCGACGUGAAAUAAAAGCUCCAUUCAUUCCUCGAAUUGAAAGUGAAACUGAUGUUCGGAACAUCGCUGAAGAUUUCGUCAAAAUCAAGAUCAAUCCGGCAUCACUGGUUCCACAAAAUCUUGCCAUGACACAUCGCGACCACGACUUUGCAGACUUCACAUAUGUGCAAAAGAAUCUAGUGGCAUGA